CACCGCCUGGCUGACACCCUCCGGCCUCCACGGAUUGGACUGCUCCGACCUCCGCCUUUUAGAGUUGGCCGAAGAAACCCGCGCACGCGCUGAGAGUCCAGGCCGGAUUUUCGCGUCUGAAGGCGGAAGUAAGGGCGAGCCGGAAGUUCCUAAGCCUGCAACCGAGAAAGUGGGGGCGGGGGAGGAGGAAGACUCAGGGUAGGAAUGGCGGCUCAAAUUCCAAUUGUGGCCACCACUUCCACUCCGGGGAUAGCCCGGAACAGCAAGAAGAGGCCAGCCAGUCCUUCCCACAACGGCAACAGCGCUGGGGGUUACAGCACUAGUAAGAAAAAAAAAGUAUCCUCCUCCAGCUUUACGCAGGGUAUCAGCAUGGAAACCAUGAGUGAGAAUAAGAUGGUGCCCUCUGAUUUCAGCUCAGGACCUAUGGAAAAAGCUGCCAAGCCAUUGCCAUUUAAGGAUCCAAACUUUGUGCACUCUGGCCAUGGUGGCGCGGUCGCUGGCAAGAAGAACAGAACCUGGAAGAAUCUGAAACAGAUCCUCGCUUCUGAAAGGGCAUUGCCGUGGCAACUGAACGAUCCUAACUACUUCAGUAUUGAUGCUCCUCCCUCCUUUAAACCAGCUAAGAAGUAUUCUGAUGUUUCAGGUCUUCUUAAGCCAUUUGACUUGAGGUAUACAGUAAGGGAAUUUAUUUCCUCCAUUUUGCACGUGGAGAACACAGACCAGAAGAGAAUUUUGAUGUCAGUGAGAAGCCAACUACACUGACCCCCAGAGCAAACUGCGGUUCAGCACCAUCGAAGAGUUUUCCUACAUCCGGAGGCUGCCCUCUGACGUCGUCACUGGCUACCUGGCCCUGAGGAAGGCCACAAGCAUCGUUCCCUGAGCCUUGAGAAGUGGGGAUGAGUGGAAGACUGUUUCAGAGGCAGACUUUGGACUCAUGAUUUUGUUUCAUGGAAACAAACUCAUUCUGCUGUCAAUCUGGAAAUGUCAGUGCUGUGCCUUGGAAAGAAUGUUUGGCUUUAAUUUCAGUUUUUUUUUUUCUUUUCUAUGUUUUCCCUCCAAGUGUGAUAUUUCCUGUUGAAUUAAAUUAUACUUCAGUUGUUGCCUAAA